AUGCAGUCACAGAAUAAUGACGAUAAGGAUACCAUUUUAUACAAUACUCUUCCAUAUUUCUGCAAGGUAUUUUCUGACGCACAACCUGUUGAAUUUGUCGAUAAAUUUCCUGAUAUACACCUGUUUUGUGCACGUGUAUCUCAGCUGUUUGUGAAGGAAAUCAAGUCCAGAGCAGCAAAUAAAUCGUCAGAGGAAGGAAGUUUGAUGGUUGCUCAAUUUUUAGAGCCAGACGAGAACAUCGGUGACUGUCUGGAGGUUACUGAUUCUGAGCACGCUGUGAUAACAAAUAAGGGGUCUUGUUUGCUUAACGCCCUUCAUUUAAUGAGUACGGGCCAUACUAGUUUGAUUGAAUGUAUGGCAGCUGCUUCACUACCAUCCACACUUGUCAAGUGUCUAUACAUAUUCCUGGACCUUCCUUCGAAAUAUUCUUCAGGAUGUAUAUUUCAGACUAAGUUCCGAGAACUCCUCCAACGGCUGUGCUUGUAUCCGGUAGUAGCUGAAGAACUGGCUCGUAAAGAUGCCUUAUGUCAUCUUUUUAACGCGUUAACUGACUGGUGUCCCCCUCACAAUUCUAGUUGGCGUAUGACAACCACUGUUGUAUUGUCUACCAUAGCCCAAAAUUCUCUUACUCCUAUUGUAAUAAAGAGCAUACAUGACUCAGAAUGUGUUCGUCAUUGCCUCAAGAGUUUAUCAGAGAGCAAAUCGAAUUAUAAAGAUUUAGUUAAUAGUUUUGUUUCACUACUUCAUAUAGUCCGUGAAUCAUCUGUUGAUGAUCAAACUCUUCUGGACGAUUUCCGCACCAACAAUGGAUACUUUGUACUAAUCGAUUUCUGUCUUAAGAUUGAAGAAAGUUGUACUGCUGAAUCUGAGAAUUCCUUACAAACACUUGUAGGACUUGUUGGUAAUUUAGCUAUUUGUGGACCAGUGGAACUUCGUCCUAAAGCAGGGGCUGGUGAGCAAAUUCAUAAAAUCCCAGGAUUUCGUAUGCAUAUGCCUAAAACACAAGCUAGAAAAAGCGUACGAAACAUGCAUGCAUUUGAUGUACUACAAUCAUUGUUCAAUAGUUGUUCAACAGCUCAUCUUAGCUUACUGAUAUUAAAAACAGUCCAGUCGAUUUUUCUGCAAGACUUAUCAAAUUAUUUUAUUUUGGAGCAACAAAACACUCUGGUUAUCUUUGCUAAGAAGAUAUUUGAAAAACCAUACGAAGUACAGGAGGCUUAUUUUAAUUUACUUGAACUAUUGGUUAACAAAUUGCAUUAUGUAUUUAUGAAAGAAAUUAGCAGUAUUGUUGUCCAAAUGAAACUAUUCAAUUUAUCACCUUCAUUAGUUAUCGCCUAUCGGUAUUUUAUUCGACUUUUACAAAUUAGUCCAGUUUUCAAAGAUGUAUUCCACGAUGUUGGCUUGUUGGAGUUGACCGUGGAUCUGUUAAACUGUUUCAUUGAAACUAUGUUCAAAUUGAAUAAUCCAUCGACAGUUUCUAGUACAUCAUGUUCAUUUACGACACUUAAAGAGAUAGGUCAUUGUUUAUUGGAAUUUUUACAAUGUACAAUUACUUCACAUGCACAGAAUGGUGAUGUACUUAUUCGAUUAGGCGCUACCAGUUGCCUAUUGAAUCGUAUACUAACUACUGAAGUAAAUGAAUAUAUUCUACCAUGGCGAUCUUCUGCAUUAACCAUCUAUGAAGAAUUAAUGCUUAGUAAUGGUGGUGAAGAGUUAAUGCCCUAUCUGUUAGAAAAUAUGCAUCAUGCUUAUGCUGAUUUAAAAAUUGAUAUACUUUGUUCAUUUUGUCGAAUUCUACGUGAAUCACAUCGAUGCAGAGCUGUAUUCCGUAAACUGAAUGGAUUUGUUUAUGUAAUGCAAGAAUUAAUAUAUCUAGAAGGAUGCUUAAACUUAUUUCCAGGCAAUGACAAUGAUAAUAAUAAUAAUUUAAAUUCGAAUUAUAUAAAUGAUUCAAUUCCAAUGCAUACACCUUUAUCAUCAAUGAAUCAAUCGUCUCAUCAUUCCACGGGAUCAUCAGCAACCCCAUCACCAAAACACGCAAUCGCCGCCUCACAAUCUAAUAGUCAGUAUACUGAAGAAAGACAAGAAGAAUAUCGAUCGCAUCUAUCACGUAAAGCAUUUCUAUCAAGUUUAACAUAUCCACAAUUAUUUCUAUUAAUCAAGUCUAUCUUCUCUACGCUAGGCAUUGCUAUGAAAUUUGAACCGGCUAAUGCACAUUAUUUUGUUGCUGAGAUUCAAUACACUACACUAACUGAUGCAAUUAUAUCUCUUGGUUCAAAUAAACAAAGUUAUACGACGAAUCUCAUUUCACUGAAUCAAUCAAUAUCCAUCAGCUUAAAUGACUUAAUGAUACAUAGAAUUAAUGAUUCCCCAAUUCACUAUACAAGAAGUACACGAUCGAAAUAUUUGUAUGCUUUAUUUAUGAAUUUAAAAUUAAUGGAGUCGUUAUUAUCAUUUUCUUCGUCGUCGUCAUCGUCAUCAUCGCUGUCACCUAAAUUGAAAGGUGACCAUAACACAGAUGGUUAUCCCAAGUUGAAUAAAUCUUCAGAUGUCGUGAUUGAUCUACCGAGACGCGUUAUAGAAUGGUGUCUUAUAUUUAGGUACUUAUAUGAUUUAGCAAUAGAUGCAUAUGACCGCAACUCCAUCCGUUCAAUUCUAUUGGAUAAGAAUGCAUGCUGUAAAUUACCGCGAUUCAAUGACAACCAGAUUGUUAAUAACACUGAAAAUUACGAGCAUACUACUACUGCUACUACUGAAAUUGUAGAAUCACCUGUGAAUAAUACGGCUCAAAUGAGUAUAGCAGACAUUCUAAUUAUUCAUCCAGAUGCUAUUAUUUGUCUUUUGAAACUUAUUGCUAACUUAAAUGAAUAUAUAAACAAUGAAGAUUAUUCAUCAUUGUCGUGGUGUUGUGAAGAAUUAAUUGUCGACUUUCAAAAUUGUUUAUUAACUAUAAUCGCUGAUCUACUUCACAGUGAACGUAAUCAACAAUUAAUGUGUAACGUAUCUAUGCCUCGAGAAUUGCUUACUCUGUUCAGUGAACCAUUAUCAAAUGAUAAUCAUCCAUUGCAUGAUCAAGUUCGAAGUCUUUUUGAAUGUUUGGCUGUUCAAGCUUUGACACCAAAUGAUCUUCGUGAAUUUCUUCGUCUUUCUAAUACGUUAUCAAAAUUAGAUAAUAGUUUAAUUCAUCCGAGUGGAAACGAUACAUCAUCAUCAUUAUCGUUUACUCUAUCAGAUGAAGCGAAAAUCCUCUUCUCUAAAUCACUAUCAUUCCGAUUGAAUCCGCUUAAUUUAAGUCAGAUUAAAUGUUUAAUAACAAUAUCAACACCAUCGCAUAUUGAAUUUAAUAAGCAGAUUAUUCGACGUGAUUCACGUAUCAAUUAUUAUUAUCAUCAUCAGCAGCAUUAUUCAUCAUCGUCAUCAGGGCAUCAUCAAUCGAAUAAUUCAGUAAUCAAUAAUGAUAUUGAUUUAUCCAUCUCCCCAUCAUUCGUUGAAUUCAACAUGUCCACUGAAGGCUUUGGUUGUUUAUUCCUGCCAUCGAUUGCACCACAAGGUUCCUCAUCGAUAUCACAUUUAUGCGGUGCUGUUAAUUCAGCCAGUCUAGGCAAUGCAUCAAUCAAUGAUAUGAAUGCUGGUGGGGGUGUAGGCAUCGGUGAACGUUCAUUUCCACCGUCUUAUGGGUUCACAUAUUCUGCUUGGGUAUCAGUACAACAAUUCGAUAAUGUAACAAAUAAUUCCUGUGAUAAUGAUAUCAUGAAGCAGUCAUCAUAUCAACAACAACAGCAGCAGCAACAACAACAGCCGAAACCACAAGCUGUACAUUUGCUUACACUUGUUCGUGGUGUUCAAAGUGUCAAUGAUCAGUUAGUAUUUCUACGCAUUUAUAUUCAUCCUUUGAAUCAUUAUUUAGUUGUUUCAACACAAGAACGUUUAUUACAACCAGGUCAAUCGUGUGAUAUAGACAUUGAUGGUUCUAUGAUGGUGAACAAUGCUAACAAUAUGGAUCAAUCAGCAUCAAUUGAUUCAGAUCCAAAUAUGAAGAAUGCAAUAGCAGCUGGUACAUGUGCUGUAUUCCCGUGUGGUUUAUCAGCGAACAGCUCUAAUGAAUGGCCAUUAGAUGUUUGGCGUCAUGUUGUUGUUGUGUUCAAUCGAGCUGGUAUGAUCAAGACUAGUUCGUGUAGUUUAUACCUAGAUGGUCAUUUCAUUGGAAGCCGUAGAGUCACUUACAUUGGUGCAUCGUCUGCAUCCAGUGCACUUGGACGUAAUAUCAUGUCAUCAUCAUUGUGUGGUUUCAUUGGCACACCUGCAUCUAUGCGUAGAUCUAGUAAACUGUUAUGGAAAAUUGGUCCAUUUCAUUUUAUUGAAGAACCAUUGACCGCUAAUCGUGUUGCUAUAAUAACAAAGCUAGGACCAAAUUAUAUGGGUAGUUUUCAAGCUGUGCCUUCAAUGCCGUCAUUUGUCCGACCAGAUGUGGAUGAAUCACAUUUUCCAUUGUUUUCAGAAGAUAAACUUGUCUUCGGCAUAUAUGCAUGUAAUCUGUCCACUUUAACAUUGAAUAGAAUUCGUAAAGUUUAUAACCAAUGUGAUGCUAAAGCGAUAGCAAGACAAUUUUAUUUAUCGCUUAAAGAGAAUGCUACGCCUAUACGUAUAUUACGUAAUUCAGCUUUACAUCUUAAUGGUCCAGCUAGACCACUCGGCGCAGUACUUGUCGGCUAUCAAGGUGUACGAACGUUUACACCAAGUCCUGUUUGUCGACUGAUUCAUUGUGUAACAGGUGGUGAAGGCAUGCGAAUCGGUUUAGCAUUAAUUGCUAUGUCACAAGAUGUUGAAACGCUGUAUGCUUCAAAUAAAGCAGCGUGUACACUGCUCAAGUCUAAUCCUGCUGCAUCGAUUGAAAUGUUGAGAACUCAAGGCUAUCAAAUAUAUGCUGUCCUACUAAGACGUAAACGGCAUUUAUUAACCACCAGAAUAUUGGAUUCAAUUCUUAGUUUAGCGUUGAAUAUGAAUUCGUGGGCUGAUAAAUCCUUAACAUAUCAGACAUUCCCGUCCAUUGAUCAUCCAGCAUUUGAAGAUUUAGUUUGUGAUCUUGAUCUAUGGCGAAUUGAACGUCAGCUAACCAAUGAAUCAGAUAUACGUGUUCGGCGUAAUGCACUCACUGGCAUGUCAAAUAACUCUGUGGAUCAAAAUCAACAAAGUAAUAUUGGGUCUUAUGCAUGUACUGAUGAUACAAUACAAUUUAUCGAAGAUGACUACCAGCUAGUUGCUAAUCUAAUAUCACAUCUGAUUGAAUUACUACCGAAUCCAUUGCCAAAAGCAACAGCGACUGCCGCUAAUACUACUGGUCACGGCAGUAGCAGUACUAAUAAUAACAACAGCAGUAGUAUUAAUCCAAUGAAUUCACCGAUUGAUGGCAAUGAUAAAUCUGAAGUGAUUAUUCAUCCUAUAUGGAAUGUGAUAUUUGAUCGGGUUGUUUACUUACUGAUGAAUUCACACUCAAAUUGGAUACAAGGCAAGCAUAUUUAUCACUUGGUGAUUGAUGUAAUUGGCCGGAAAAGUUUUAUGCAUUCAUGUUUAUCAUUUAUACAAUUGUGUUUAUCGACGUAUACAUCAUCGAAAUGGAUUUUAAGAUUUUGUCAAUUAAUUAUUUGGACUCUGCCUAAUAGUCCUCAAACAAACGAAAAACUCAUCUCACUAGAUCAAUCCUCCAGCGCUGAUGACAAUUCUGCUGUUGACACUGUUGAUCGUGAAGAUAUUCUUAUGUUGUCUACUGAACUGUUACGAAAUUUAAUUAUUCUGAGGAAUCAUUGCCUGGAAGUAUUGAUCCAGUUAAUUACAGAAACAGAUGGUAUAAAUGACAAAUUUUGCAAUGAAUUGCUAAAUGCAAUUGGUUAUGAUUGGUUCUAUUUAUUAUUACGUCCAAAUAUUCAUUCAACUACUAUUUCGUAUGCUUUACAUUUAUUAUUAUUAUUAAUAUUAAAUUCUGGUAAUUCAUCAUCAUUAAUGCUGAAUUCUUCAUCAACAUUACAACAAAAAAAUGAUCGUGUUAUCGCAUUUCGAUUAGGAUGUCCUGCUGGUCGAUGGUUACGUGGAUGUGAGAUAUUGUUGAAAAAAAGACAUGGCCUAUUAAUUGAUAAUUCUAAGAGUUCAGCCAAGCGUAAACCACCACUUCGUUAUACUUCAGCACUUCGAGAUUUGAAAUUAUCAUCAUGUCAACAACCAGGAUUUAUUAUACUCCAAAUUUUGUUACCAUAUCAUAUGAAUUUAAUUGAAACAUUUCUAUUCCUUUUUGCAUUAUUAUUAAAGAUACCAGUGAGAUCUAUACCACAAAAUGCAAAGUUUGAUUUUGAUACAUUUUAUUCAUUAAUUUCAUGUGAAAAUAAUUGUAUUUCACCGACAUUAAUUAAACGUGAAGUCUACUCUACUUCAGUUGAUCGGUCUAUGCAUUCCACAUCAUCAUUUAUCACUUCUGCACCGACAACUUCGUCUUUCUCCAGUAGUACUGUUCAAAAUACAAGUGUUGGCGGUUUAGUUAGUGGAUUGUUUAGUGGGUCUAGUGGGAAUCGUCGAGCUGGUAACACUAUUGUUUCAAUGAUGAUGACGUCGUCGUCUAUACCAGGAAAUCAUAAAACUAUUAAUAAUAACAAUAAUACUAAUCCCAAUAUAAAUCUUCCCAAUACUUCUCAUUCACAAACAACAUCAAGCAAUAAUUUAUCAACAGCAUCGACUGUUAUUCCGUAUUCAAAUCAAGUUAUAUGUCCAGAAGCUGGAACUCUGAUUUUACAUUUGAUUCGUCUAUUUGUCUAUGAGCCUGAAUCUUUAGAACAUUUGAAAUUAUCAGAAUUCACUUAUCUUAUGGAGACAAAACAGAUUAAUUUACAAGAGAAUAUAAACUCAGCUAUUGUUAUGCUGAAAUUUUUAAUUUAUCUUUAUCAAUCGAAGCCAACAAUUCGUUUGGCUUUUAUAACACCAGGUUUAUUGACAAAUUUGAUUGGUUUACUUGUUCCUUUCACUAGUCAUACAAAUGAUCCAUCUGCACCUUUAAACAUUCCGAAUUUCAAAGAUCCUUUGUUGCUGUUACCAUUACCAUCGUCAAAGGAUGAUUGUCUAGAGAAUCCAUUGCAUCAAAUUACUCUGGAUUUUAUUAAAUUAAUUGUAUCCGAUAGUUUUGCACUGCAUCCAUCAUUUCAUCAACCUACACAUAUUGUUGAUAUACUAUUAGAAGCAUGGUCUGAUCAAUGUAGUUCAAGACAACAUCAACAUUUACAAACAUUGAUUUUAUGCAAUCUAAUGGAUCAUUUUCUAGCAACUGAUAUAUUAAAUGAUCAAUCAUUAUGUGUUGGACCCAAUGGAAGUAUUCAAUACAUUCCAGCGAAUUUAAUUUAUUUUUCCGCGCGUAUUGUUGAUAAAUUAUGGCAGGGUUGUUUUAGUAAAGAGGUGAAUCGUGUAGUCAAUUUCCUAAUUCAUCUUAUAACAUAUUGGCCAGAUCAAUCUUCUACUGCUACUGUGAUAACUAAAUUGGACAAUUCAAAUGAGAAUACUAUGCAUCAUAAUUUACUAACUAGUAAAUUUACAAUUCAUUCAUUAUAUCGUAGUUUAAAUCGUACUAUUCUAUACCAAUUAUCUCGUCCAAUUCUGACAAGAGCAGAUCAAAUUGAAACAUUGACUUUGUUAAAUUGUUUAAAUAAUACUUUAAUUAGCAAAAAUGCUGUUAUCGGUGAUAGUUUUGAUAUGGAACAACUUAUGUCGUCACCUGUCCCACCGGCUUCUCCUAUUCAUCAUCAUAAUCGUCAUCCACAGCAGCAUCAUGAUCAAAUCCCGUUGAUAUUCAAUGCAGUGAAUGAAGACACCGAGUUCCCAGCCUGUCUAGUCCACCUAUUAAUUCAGUUAAUUCGACUAAAUGAAACAAAUAAAAUUGGUAGUUGUAAUAUAACUGAUACAUUAAAUACAACAUCACUGAAUAAAUCGACAACAUUGAGUAGAAUCUCGUCAAUUGCUUCAACUAACAAUAUAAAAUAUGACAUGAAUAUGAAUAAUGAUAAUGAUAGUUGUAAUAAUACUAUCAGUGCUACUCCUACUAAUAAUAAUAAUGUGGAUGAAAAUACUUUGAACGAAUCAUCUUCUGUAAAUUAUUAUUAUCAUACAACAUUUGGUUUCGAAGAAUUAGACGAUGCCAGUGUAUUACCAUCAUCAUCAAUGUCAACAACAAAGACGCCAACAGGGACUACAGUAAGAAAAGUACAAACACCAACACAGUCAAUACUUCAAGGAGGAACAGCAACAUCAACAACUGCAGGGAUGACAACACUAGAUGACUCUGUUAUAGAAGAGUUAAUAAAUAAUAAUAAUCCUAAAAGUAUGUUGUCUGCACAUUUGUCAAGUAGACAACACAAUGAAGAGGAUACAGAAAUUUACAGAAGUGAAGUGAUUCAAACAAUGGCAACAGCGUCAAUGACAACAACAGAAGGUGAAUUCAAUUCUGACUAUGCAAAUGAUAAUUACAAUUAUGCUGAUGAAAUUGUAUUAGCUGCCUUGAAACUUUGGUCUAAAUGCUAUUUGGCUAAAAAAUCAGUACUUGCCCAACUUGUUCCAGAAGCUCCUUUAGUCAGUGGUCUAUCUGUACCAUCUCUUACUGAUUGGGCCACAAUUCUUGAAGGUCCUUGUCUAAUUGCCUGGGCACAACAUGUUGAUUGUGAAGCUGCAGGGUCUGGUGGUAUUAGCUCGAGCAACAUGUGGGGGCGUAUACCUGGUACUCCAAGUUUUGUGUUAAAUAUGCUUAAACAAGAAGGUAGCCUACAUAUGCCGGCAUCACAAUCAGCGCCUGUGUCUACAUCAGCACCAUCAGGACUACAGCAUCAUAUCUCAAUGAAAUUAAGUAAAGUCUCAGGAAAUGUAUUUAAAUUAGGCUCAACCUCAGGUUCAACUGUACAAUCCAGUGUAACCACGGGGAACGAAUAUACAUCUGCAUCUGUUCUAGGCGUUUCUUCGUCAAUAAUCAACAGUAAUGCACAAAUCAAUUAUUUAAGUCCAACAAAUACUUCUAGUCUAAAUGUUAUUCAAGAAAAUGCUAUAGAGGCUAUACAACUAUGGGCUCCGAAUCAAAUGAAUUUCAUACGUGAACUACUGGAUCAGCAGAAAACCCAAUUUUAUCAGAAUUUAUCUUUUAACCAACGUCAUCUUGAAAGUGAAUGGGAGAAGAUAGAGAAUGAAUUAACAAGGGAACGUGGUUUAUGGGGUAGAAUUACACCGGAUCUACUAGCUAAAUGGGAACUUGAUCCAACUGAAGGUCCAUUAAGAAUGCGAAAACGUAUGAUCUUAAAUAACUCGUUUUAUUUACGUUAUCCACAUUUACCGAAUUAUUUAAUGCGUUUAUUAAUUCGUUCACCGGAGGCUAAUCACUAUUAUCCGUAUACAUUAACACUAACAAAAUCGAAGAAACCUCGUAGUCGAGAUAGUAAAUUAUAUUUCCUCAAUUAUAAGUCCAAAAGUUUACUGCAUGAAGAUUAUGGUCCUUUAGCACCAUGGAUACCGUUCACAAAAUCAAUGAAAUUAGAAGAUAUUGAAAAAAGUUUACAAGAAGAGAAAGAAGUCGAGGUUGAAGAGGAGGAAGCAGAAAAUGACGAAGCAACAGCAACAGUAUCAGGAGGAGGCAUUGAUACAACAGAUCAUACUGAUGAGACAUGCUUUUAUGGACCAAAGUUAAGAGGAUCUGCAGUAGAUCAACAAGGAAAGAGUGUAGACAAUGAAGCUUUACAAGAGUGUAAGAAUACAGUACUGGGGGAUAGUGAAUUCACUGUAUUGAGUCGGCCAUUAGUUCCAGAAGACAUCGAAUUAUCAAAGACAGCUUCUUUAAUUCGCUCCACACGUAAUUCUGUUUGCGUUGAACGCAACAACAAUCAACACAAAAAAGAGAAUGAUGUUAUUGAUGAAUUGAUUCCAGCUAAUUCACGAUCAGUUUCAGAGGAACCCGAAGAAUUAAUUCCAUACGAUGAUGUUGUUGUCGUUACCGGUGAUGGUGGUGGUAUGCACGAUGACGCUGAUGUCGAUACUGGUGAUGUUGACGGUGAUCUUGAUCCAGUAAAACAAUCAUUAGAUCAUCCAGAUAUCAGUCCACCGUAUACUACUACUACUACUAAUAAUAAUAACCAGACUGGCAACAAUAGUAACAAGCAAACACACAUGAAUAAAGACAACGCAAUCAAUACAAAUAUACCUAACAAUAGUAGUAAUCCUAUCCAGUCGGCAGUAAAAGAAUUACCAAAUCCUGUGAAUAAUUUUAUCAGUAUGACUGAAGAUAAACUAGCCGGUCAUGAAGCUAUACUAAGAUUAUUAGAACCCGGUGAAAGACUGCACGUAAUGUAUCGUUGUGCACGUAUUCUUGGUUUAGAUAUUUACGAAGGUUUAUUACUAUUUGGUCGUACACACUUCUAUGUCAUUGAUGGUUAUACACUGAUAAAUACGCGUGAAAUUGUUGCUAUAGACUCAUUACCAUCACAUAUUAUACAUGAACCAAUUGUACCAUCUACAAUAAUCGGGGCAUCAAAUAAUAAUAGUAAUAAUAAUUCAAUAACUCGCUCAUCAUUCCAUCGAAUAAAUAUGAGUUCAAGUGAUUUAUGGAGUUCAGGAGCUGUUAGUCAGAUAGCUGGAAAACAAUAUUUUAAAUUUCCUUAUGAAAAUAUUCAAGGUGUACAAAAACGGCGUUAUUUACUUCAUCCAAUUGCACUGGAAGUUUUCAAUUCGGAUGGACGUAAUUUUCUAUUGGCAUUUAGUAAAGGCUUACAAAAUAAAGUUUAUGACUGCUUCCAAAAUGUUGCAUCUGUCAAUUCAGAAUUUAGUCAACAGAAAAGUUCUCAAAGCUUUUUAAGCAGUUUACUCGGUGUAAAAUCAGUAAUGCAAAGAUGGGAGCACGGAGAGCUGAGCAAUUUUGAAUAUUUGAUGUAUUUAAAUACACAAGCUGGUCGUUCUUAUAAUGAUCUUAUCCAGUAUCCAGUGUUUCCAUGGGUACUUGCUGAUUAUGACUCGGAAGAAUUAGAUCUGUCCAGACCAGAGACAUUUCGUGAUCUAUCUAAACCAAUGGGAGCUCAAACACCUGAUCGUUUAGCUCAAUUCCAACGUCGUUACAAGGAAUGGGAUGAUCCUACCGGUGAAACACCACCAUACCAUUAUGGAACGCAUUAUUCAUCUGCUAUGAUUGUAGCGUCAUAUCUUUUUCGAAUGGAACCAUUCGCUCAACACUUUCUUAAACUUCAAGGUGGGCAUUUUGACUUACCUGAUAGAAUGUUUCAUAGUGUUAAAGAUGCUUGGUUAAGUGCAAGUCGGCAUAAUAUGGCUGAUGUUCGAGAAUUAAUACCGGAAUUCUUUUAUCUACCUGAUUUUCUAAUUAAUUCAAAUAAUUUUGAAAUGGGAAUUAAACAGAAUGGAGUUGAAGUGAACAAUGUCGUCUUACCACCAUGGGCUAAAUCGGAUCCACGUGAAUUUAUACGAGUUCAUCGUGAAGCUUUAGAAAGUGAAUAUGUCUCUGCACACUUACAUGAAUGGAUUGAUUUAAUCUUUGGUUAUAAACAACAAGGCGAAAAUGCAGUCCAAUCAGCUAAUGUUUUUCACUAUUUGUUCUAUGAAGGAAAUGUUGAUAUUUAUUCAAUAGACGAUCCAUUGAAACGAUCAGCUGUUAUCGGUUUUAUUAACAAUUUCGGUCAAAUACCUAAACAGCUGUUUAAAAAACCACAUCCAUGCAGACGGGUGAUUAUACCGCGUCAGUCUUCACGCUUUUUCAGCUCUGUUAUUGGACUGAAUUCUGGCAGUCAAUUAGCCUGUGAUUUAUUCUAUCGUAAUCUUGAUAUUUUACGACCAAGUUUACAGCCUAUUAAAGAAUUGAAACAUGCAGUUGGUCAAAUUGUCCAAUUAGACCCACAGUUUAUACCGAGUGGAACAAAUAUCAAUAAUAUGAAUACUGGUGCUACAGUUAAUCGUCCAAUACUCAGCUUAAAUAUUAAUUCAGAUAAUAUGAAUAAUGAGAAUGUUAACUUGUCUUCUGCUAAUAAUAAUAGCAGCAUCAACAACAAUAAUACUAAUAAUAAUAGUAAUCCUGGAUUAAUAUCAGAUAAAAAUGUUAAUAGUUCUGGUAAUACAACUAUUUAUCAAACAAUGACAACAACUAUAAUCGGUGGACCAAUUAUUGCUGUUGAACAAAAUAAAUGUCUUCUGCCACCGAAUUAUACGCAUUAUCUUGCAUGGGGUUUCACUGAUGGCAGUCUACGCUUAGGAUCAUUAUUCGACUCAAAUGAACGUGUUCGUUAUAUAUUUGAAAUGGUGGAUCAAAAUGAAAUUCUGUGUUGUACAUCACCUAAUAAAUAUACCAUUAUUACAGCUGGUUUAAGCACUGUCAUACGUGUAUGGUUUCUUAGUUCUCAUGAUGUAAGCAACAACACAACAAGUUCAAAUAAUUCUUCUGGUGUUGGCCUAUUAAACACAUCCAGUUCAUCGUCUACUGCCUAUGGUGGUUGCCAUUUAUCCGGUGGUUCACGUCUUAAACUACGUGCAACACUCUAUGGACAUACUGAUGCUAUAACCUGUUUAGCUGCCUCAGAUGCAUUUAAUCUAAUUGUUAGCGGUAGCCGUGAUAGAACUUGUAUCCUAUGGGAUUUAAGUCGUCUAUGCUUUCUUCGCCAAUUAUCUAAUCAUAUUGCACCGAUUGCUGCGAUUUGUAUUAAUGAAGCUACUGGAGAUAUAGCAAGUUGUGCUGGAACACGUUUAUACUUAUGGAACUGUAAUGGUGAACCAGUCGCUUCAACGGAUACACCAGUUGGACGGAAUAAACAAAUUCUAUGUGUUUGUAUGAGUACUCUCUAUGACUGGGAUGCAGAAAAUGUAGUUAUAACUGGUAGUUCUGAUGGUGUAGUCCGGAUGUGGUGUCUGAAGCAUAUAUGUACAAAAGACAACGAUGGGAAUGAUGAUAAUGGCAGUGGGAGUGUGGGACUGCGUGGUACUGUUGCUGGUGUCAAUAACACCAAUAAUAAUAAUAAUAACGCUGAUAAUCAUGAGAGCAAUAAUAAUUCAGAUGAAAGUAGAACCGAUUACAAGGAGGACUAUUGUGAAAAUUCUUCAGAGGAAACUCGGACAGUAGAGAUUUCGACCGUUUCAUCAUACGACACAUCUGAAAUUGAUUCAACUCUUGGGUCUAGUGAUAAAUCGUCAAAGAAUAUUAAUAUAAAGGAUCCAAAUAAUAAUAAAAAGUGGACUCGAGCUUUGAUAUUUCGCAGUAAACUUACUAUGCAUACAGCUUAUGAACGUUCAGAUAAUAAAACACCAGCUGAUAUUACAGCCUUGGCAAUAUCUCGUGAUCAUCGAUCUGUACUAGUUGGUGAUGCUAUUGGCCGAGUAUUUGUUUGGUCUGUACCAUCAGAUAAUUCUCGAGGUGGUAUGACUGACCAAUGGAUAAAAGAUGAAGGUGCUACAAAUUGUGCAGCUGAUGGUUGUGGUACACGAUUCUCGUUAACUGAAAGAAAACAUCAUUGUAGAAACUGUGGUAAAGUAUUCUGUUCUAAAUGUAGUCGAUUUGAAAGUGAAAUUUAUCGUCUAAGACUAUUUAAACCUGUACGUGUAUGUCAAACAUGUUAUAAUGUAUUGAAGUUAAUUCAAGCUCCACAGAAUCGUGAAACAACUGCCCCUCUAUAA